AUGACAAAUUUCACGGUUGACGAUUGGAUGAAAGAAGUCGGAAAUAUUUAUGGAUCAUUCGAGGUCCGAGAAAACGUCAAUGACCUUCAUUCUUAUUUAGGUCCCGCUAUGGAAAUGCUUAAAACGAUCGAGCCCUAUUGCAGCUCGCACCUUACAGUUGAGAUUCAUAAGCUUUUGACCUACUACGACACCAUGAAGAAGAUUUGUGUGGAGAUGUCUGAUCGCAUGGAGCUACCUGAGGUCAACCUCUCGCAAACAAACUUGGCCUCGUCGGAUUCGGAUACGAAUACGAACAAGAAAGAAUCGCCAAAAUGUAAUAAAACAUCCAAUAUUGAAUCAGGAGGAGUUGGAACUGAAACUAAGAAGAAAUCGUCAAAAUCAGCUCGAAAGUCAGCGUCAAAGGAAAAGAAAAACUCUUGA